AAGAAUCAUAAGGUACAACACUUAAUAGUAGUUAUAGGGUACAAAUAAGCAAUCAAAUCAUACUAGGAAACAAUCUAAAUCUUAAGGAUACAGCAAUAAGUUACAGUCAUACAGUCAUAAGUGGGAGGAGAUGGGUGGGUGAUAGGAAUGAUGAGAAGAUUAAUAGUAAUGCAGACUUAGUGGAUAAUCAGGGUCCUGCUGUGUUUGUGGCUUUCCUGGAAGCAUCUAGUUGCUCAAACUUAGUUAUGUAUCCAGUUACAUACUUCCUAAUCACUAUCAGCUCUAUGUCAUUAAAAGUUUCAGGUAUAUGUAUGGAGGAGAUCUGUAUUCUCAGAUGACUGUCAGAAGUGUGUUGAAAACUAAUUGACCUGCUCAUCUUCUCCUCUGGUUGAACAGGUCUCAGCACCGAAAUAGCUCUAUUGGGCAGGGCAAGAACACCUUGUUCUAUCUGUCCUUUGCUGUCCAUCAGUGCUGUUUGACAAGAUGGGCCAGAGCCAUAGAAGAGUGAUGAGAACAGAGCUGGAGGAACACCAAUCCCUUUCCAACCCACACCACCGCUCUGGUGGCACUGUUUUCAUCUGCCUUGGGAAGCCAACCAACUCACCACUCUGGUCUCCACUGAGGUUGAGAUGACAUGGACCUCUGCCUAAUUCACUGUUCGGGGCUGAAGCCUAGCUAAAAACCUCACUCGUUUUCAGAUGUUGGCAAAACUCUUAGCAUCGCUUCUAUCCACUUGAGAAUAAGAGAAGUCAAGGUUUCUGGUUUGAAGAUUAUCUACCAGACAACUUUCGCCUGCUCUCGGCUUCCCAGUCUUUUUCCUCUCCCUCGCUUGCCACCCCUCCUCUUCCUCAAGAAGGGCAGGACUCUUUUUCACCGGUCUCCGUGGGAACAAACAGCUCCCCACCCCGCCGCAUUAUAGACUGGCCUUUUUCUGUUAGCCAACGCCUGUCUUGCCCCACCUCCCUGCCCUUCUUCCUCCCCACUCUCGCCCCGUCUGGCGGCGUCGAGCAUCUCCUGGUUCAUCUUCCCCCUCCGUUACCUUCCCUUCAUAAGUGGGGCUCUAUCCGUGGUCCCCACUCCACCCCACCGCGCCCGCCGGCUCCCUACGCGCACCGUCGGUCCUUGCGCUCAGCCCAGCCGGACCCUCUCCAUGGCCCCAGGCAACUACCGGUGCAACCGGACCCUGAGGCUCGAAGCAGGUCAGUCGGUGCUGCCCGGCUCCUUACUCUUCGCGGCGGGGCUGCUGGGUAACGUGUUGGCGUUGGGGCUGCUGUGGCAGCACCAUCUGAAGGCGAAGUUGCAGCACGGGCAGGGGCGCCCGCGGGCGUCCGCCUUCUACCUUCUAGUGAGCACCCUGGCCGCCACCGACCUGCUGGGCAAGUGUUCGCUGAGCCCGAUCGUGCUGGCCGCCUAUGCUCACAACCGCAGCCUCAUCGACCUGUGGCCGCCCGCCGCUAACAGCGAAGUUCAAGUCAGCCAGCCCGGAGAGGAACCGAUCCGCUCCCCCGGCACCCUGUGCCAGCUCUUCGCUUUCCUCAUGGCUUUCUUCGGCUUGGCGUCCACCGUGCUGCUGCUGGCCAUGGCUCUGGAGUGCUGGCUCUCGCUCGGCCAGCCUUACUUCUACGAACGCUACACCAGCCGGCGUUGGGGCGGGUGGCUCACCGGCGCGGCGGCCGUCCUCUGCGCUCUCUUCUGCGCCCUGCCGCUCCUGGGCUUCGGCAGCAACGUCCAGUACUGUCCGGGCACGUGGUGCUUCAUUCGCAUGGCCGGCGGCGGACGGCUCUAUUCGGUGCUCUACGCUACCUUGCUGGGCUUGCUGGUGCUGGCCGUCGCCCUGUGCAAUCUGGGCAGCAUGAGGAGCCUCUACCGGAUGGCGCGUCGCCAGCCGCCGCGCAGGACCCACCUGAUCGACCUGCGGGGCGCAACCGCGCCUUCCAGGCUUCCUUCCUCCGGGCGCACGGAGGAGCUGGGCCAGUUGGUCCUGCUGGCGCUCAUGACGGCCCUUUUCACCAUCUGCUCCCUGCCGCUGAUCAUCCGAGCUUACAUUGGAGCCUUUGCCCCCGAUGAGAAUGAGGCAGCAGAUCUUACAGCCCUCCGUUUUUUCUCUGUCAAUUCCAUUGUGGAUCCCUGGGUCUUCAUCAUUUUUCGGACAUCCAUAUUUCGCAGUUUGCUCCAGCGGUUUUCUAGGAGGCUAAGCUUGAAGAAGGAUCUGCAUUCCCAAGAUCAGCUCCUGGGAACUUGGCAGAGGAAAGAAUCCAACGACAUACCAUAAAUGGAUGGGAGCUGGAGAUGAUACAACUGGACUUCUUCUUGUGGCAUAUCAUGGUCUUCAAAGCCAAAGUGUUGCAAGCCAAUGUUUAUUACAGUUGAAAAGGGGGACCAAGAUGACUCUGUGCUACUGGCUAUAGCUUCAUUGGUAGACUCUUGUUCUGGUGCUUCUUCAAAAAACCCAAGAUGCAGUUGUCAUAGAUGGGGAAUCAUAUACAUUACAGUAACAAUUUACUUGACUGAUGGGUUCCAUUUGCACAGAAGCAUUCAGAAAUGUAUUUAAGUCCAUAUAUUCUACCAGAGAUAUUGGGCACUUUAAGUUCCAAUUACCUUUUCUACCAACAGAUUUUACUUGCAUGCUGCAAAUCUGUGCUUUAAAUGGUUAGAAGUUGAGAAGGAGAAGAGGAAUGUUUUCUCUGUGUGUGAACCCUUGGGGAAGCGGAUACUAAUUGACUAACCAUGGAAACUCACAAAAGACAAAUACAGAAUACGGAAUAGACGCCUUCAGGGAUACGGACUAGAAAAAGCUGCUAUGCACAUUCUUUCUCUUUCUCAUUGCUCUCUGUGGUGGAUUUGUGACUGUGCGUCCAUACUUAGAGCAAUUUGCACUUAUUUGUUGGCCCCUCUAAACAGAGAUAUGGUAAAGCUAGAGAAAGCCUUGAGAAGGAACAAUUCAAAUGAUUGAAGUAUCAUUGUAAUCUUGAACAAAUGUUUAAAUUGAGAGUUCUUUAAAGCAAAUGGUUGAAAAGCAAACAUUUUGACUACUAUAUUUCCGUUAAAUAAAGAUUAAACAUCCAUUAUCUCAUUUUGGGGGGGGGGGGAAAUCCAAUUGUAGCUUACACUUUAAGCCUAAGAGGAAGCAGAUUCAUUUUGUUGGUAGCUUAUGCAACUAAAUACAAUGGAUUGACUGAAUUUUGCAACAGUUAUCUUCAGAGAAAUGUUCAAGAUUGAAAAUAAUUUAAUUAUUUUUUAACUGUCCCCAAAUUUUAACGACGCAGUAAAUUUGCAAGACGCUUGCUUUUGUUGUUGUUGUUUUAAAUUAAAACUAUUUGAAGAGGAAAUAUGAAUUGGUUUUGAAUGCAAGUGCAUAUAGUCAAAGUCAUAGUUUUCAUAAUUGUAAUAUACAGUACAGCUGUGAGAGAUGGACCAUCAGAGAUGCUGAACAAAGAAAAAUUGAUACCCUGGAAUUAUAAUAGUGGACAGAGAAUUUUGAGAAUUUUUAGACUGGCAGAAGAACAGAUUGUUGAAGACUAAUUGAAGCAACACCAGAAUGCUAACUAGAAACACUAAUAAGAAAGCUCAAAUUUCAAUAUUUUGGACCUGUAAUGAAAAGGCAGAAAUACCUAGAAAAGACUCUGACAUAUGGAAAAAGCUAAAGCAGAAAAAAGAAAGUUAGAAGCUAUUAAUAAUGACACAGGUGGGAGUUUAUAAAGAAGUGGUUAUUGACAGAGAAUCUGGAAAAAUGAUGCCUAGAUCAGGGGUCACCAACCUUUCAGACUCAGGGACCACUAAAUUCAUAAUUUUAAAUCCUAUGGACCACUAAUUUGAAUUUUUUAAAAAGAAAAAUAGUAUUUAGUGCAAUAUAAAAAAUGCAAAUAAUUUUUAUGUGGACCACCAAAAUUUUCUCAUGGACCACCAGUAGUCCACGGACCACUGCUUGGUGACCACUGGCCUAGAUUGUUCACCAAGAGUUACAAGCAAUUAAAUGAACAACAGCAUCCAGGCCAUCAAAUGUUCUGAAGCUUAGCCAGAAGCUAAUUCAACAGCAGAAAAAAUACACUGAAUAUUUUGGUACGUGCAUAGGUUCCUUUGAAUUUUGGGUUCCUUUCUGAUUGCCCCACCUCAGAAUGGGUAUAUUAGAGGAGGCAGGAGCGAAAGGAAGGGCAGCUGAAGUGUAACAUCUUUGUCUGAAGAACAGUAACAGUGGCUGUGGCUUUCUAAUAAGUAACUUUUUCUUAUUAGAAAAUCACAAGAGUUCUGGAUUGCAACUCUCAGCUUCUUAAACCUGGGAUUGCAGCUGCUUUUCUGAGCUCUAAAUGGGAUUCCAUUAAAAAUUCCAUUUGGCAUAUGGAUUGGCUUCUCUCCUCUCCAGGGUGCUCUGGAAUUCUUCCUUGCUUUCAAAUCCUAAGUAUUGCCAAGCCUAGUUUCCAUUGUUUGUUUAAUAAUAAUAAUAAUAAUAAUAAUAAUAAUAAUAAUAAUAAUGAUGAUGAUGAUGAUGAUGAUGAUGAUGAUGAUGAUGAUGAUGUACUUGGUUGAUAUCUAGAGCAUUUGCAGCAACCCGUAUCAACCAUCAGCACCAGUCAAUGGUAUUUGUGAUGCCUUUUUGAAUGUUCAGUUGACUGAGUUUCAUGUUUAACAAAUAAAGAUAAAUAAUAAUAAAAAUGUAUCCAAAAAGUCAUGAGAACAUAAAGUGGAAAAGGUUAUAGAAAAUGAGAAAUACAAAUACAAACGGAUCAUCACUUGGAACACAACACACCAGAUAUCACAGUUGUAGAAAACCGAAAUGUACAAUUUAUUGACAUUGCGGUACCAGGAGAUGCCAGAGUCAAAGAAAAAGAACUGGAAAAAGUCAUGAAAUAUUGCGACCUGGACAUCGAAACUACAUGGCUAUAGAUGAAACAUGUAACCCAUUGUCAUCGGGGCAUUUGGUACCAUGUCCAAUAAUUUUAUAAGAUACAUCAGCAAAUUGCAGCUUCCUGCACCAGCAGAACUGCAAAAAACUGUGCUACUUGGAACAUCGUAUAUCUUAAGAAGGUACUUAGUUGAUACCUAGGACACUGGCAGCAACCUGUAUCAACUAUUAACCAGUCAAUGGUAUUUGUGAUGCAUUUUUGAAUGUUCAGUUGACUGAGUUUCAUGUUUAAUGAAUAACAAUAAUAAUAAUAAUGGAGCAACAUUGUUCUCCCUAGAGUUAGAGCUGAUGGGCCUUAAUAGCAAUUCCCAGACAUUUGGCUAAUGGAGGUGAAGAAAUGCUGGCACAGUGGCCAAGCUUUGCUAGAGGUUGCUGUCGACCAGUUCUUCUCAGAGCAAUUCCAAAAAUUCUGUUUCUGUAUGCCAGCAGUGGAAGGUUAAGAUGCUGGAAUAUUAAGAAUCACUGUGGAUCGUAUUCUUCUCCUUUGUUCCAUUCCUCAACAUAUAUGUCAGCAAACCUAGAUGGGAAGCAGCAAUACAGUGCCUGCAAAGAGCAAGUAUCUUUCCUUCUCCUUUCAAUUGCCAUCAACAGUGCACCCAAAGUUAAAAUUACAAUAAUAUAAAUGUACUGACUGUAUUGAAAUAGUGCAAAUCUGACAAAUCUGAAACUUUGCAUGAAAGCUUGUAAGAAUUUGGCCCUGUUGCACCAACUCUUGUAAGAUCUCAAGAUGAAACCAUCAAAAUCUUGGCAAUAUCUGCUGAAUUCAUGAAAUGUAGGAUGGUGUGAACCUAAAUACCUGACAUGUUUGCAGUUUCUUCACUUUAUUAAUUAUCUUCCAUAGGUUGCCCCCAAUAGGAAUGCUAUGUGAGGGGUGGGCACAAAAAAAGAGAAAAAUGAAGAAAAAUAACUUGCCUCUUUUCUUUCUGACUGCCACGAAUUGCCAGAAUUUGGGCUGCGCAGAUGAUCAUCAUGGAUCUCUUAUUGCUGUGCUUGGCCCAACCCCAUUUACCGCAACAAAAAUUGAAUUCCAGGUAGACAUAUAAAAGAUUGCAGUGGGCAAGGUCAAAGAAUUAUUCCCUUUCAGCCCGCCAUAACUUACAUGGAUUUCGACUUGUUACAAACAGAAAAUCUAUGAUUUUUCACACAAUUGAUUACUGUGAUUUUUUUAAAAAAAGGAUUAAGACACAUACAAACCCUACAUUGAUAUCUCUGGAUUUCCUGGGCACAUCUGUCUAGAAAUUGUUGACUGAGUGUUAUAUUAACUUUUAAUGGCUUAUUAUACUUUUUCCACUACCAGUACACUUAUCAUUGCCUGAUUGGCCCUGUGCAAUAAAACAGUUAUGGUCAGCCUUUGAUAUUUCUGCAGCUCAGAUAUUGUGGAGAUAUUCCCUGGGGAAAAAGAGCAAGAAAUUGACAACGUCUAGUUUUUAGUUAUUUUUUACAGUACACGUAAACUAGAAUACAGAUAUAUUCCAGAAUUCUCCUAAAUGUUUGUUUCUUCACAGCAGAAUUAUAAUAGCCAACAAAAUGGGGAAUCAACACAAAGUGUCAGUCCAUGAAAUAUCGUCAGAAAGCUUCACCUUUAGGGGAAAAAAAACCAGACUAUGGAAGGAAAACAUAAGGUUACAACUUUGGGGGGAUGCAGAUGGUUUUAUUCAGUGUUUUUUUUUUUUACCCCCGAACUACUAUCAACAAAGAACACUACACUGCAACACUCAAAACUUUGAAACUAGGAUUAAGUAAAGUUUGGAAGUAUAAAAGGAAUUUGUGCUGCGGCAUACUAAACCUCACACUUCGUAAGUCACUCAGAGGCAUUUUCAAAGUUGUAUCUGCAUUACCCAUCCACCAAACCUGGCAUCUUGUAACUUCUUCCUUUCCCCAAUUUUUUAAAACCAUCUUUACGGGCAUCUGCUUCACUCAAAUGAAGAGAUAAAAGACCUGGUGGAAGAGACAAAGUGUGGAAUUCUUUCAUGAUGGCUUUAAGAAGGCUGUCUGUCAACGGCAGAAAUGAUGUAGCAAAUUUGAUUGCGAUGCUCUCUCUGAGCUUGGUUGUUUUCUUGCAGACGUUUCAUUACCCAACUAGGUAGCAUCAUCAGUGCUAGAAGGAAAUGGUGUAAAUGGUGGAUAUAUGGAGAGAAAAAAAUCAAGUAAUGAGAGGGCUUGUUUCAAGAAUUAUUUUCCUGUUUCAUUUAUUAUUAUAUCCAUAUUUAAACUAAAGUUAUGGAGAUGGAGGCACUAUUGUUCAUUUAAUCCUUCUAUCAGCUGAAAAUUAAAGGAGGGGAUUAGUUAUGAAAUUGUAUUAUAAAGAAAACAACUUCAAAAAAUUGACCCAGUUGCUCAAGAAUCAUCAAAACCCAAUCCCCUCUAUUGCAAAGGACCUGGUCUUCAAGUGCAGUUUAAGAGAUGAAAGAAUCCCAAGGACGAAUAGAAUAGAAUAGAAUAGAAUAGAAUAGAAUAGAAUAGAAUAGAAUAGAAUAGAAUAGAAUAGAAUAGAAUAGAAUAGAAUUUUUUUAUUGGCCAAGUGUGAUUGGACACACAAGGAAUUUGUCUUGGUGCAUAUGCUCUCAGUGUACAUAAAAAAAAAGAUAUCUUCAUCAAGGUACAACACUUACACCACUUAAUUUUUUUUUGUUUUUUGUUUGUUUACAUUUAUAUCCCGCCCUUCUCCAAAGACUCAGGGCGGCUUACAGUGUAUAAGGCAAUAGUCUCAUUCUAUUUGUAUAUAUUUUUUUUUACAAAGUCAACUUAUUGCCUCCCCCCAACAAUCUGG